AUGCUUCUGUUUGCACUCAUCACUGGGGCUGUUGCCCUCCCCACCUCUUCCAUCCUAGGGCACACCCUGAACGGAACAUACAGCGGCUUUUCCACCCCCCAACUGUCCGGAGAAACCUUCCUGGGAAUCCCCUACGCACACGCCCGCCGUCUGCAGACAGCCGACAGUUUGAACACGACAUGGACCGGAACCAAGGCCGCGACAGAAUACGGCCUCACCUGUCCCGGCUGGGGCGACCAGAAUGACUACGGCUGGACGAUCGGCGAGGACUGUCUGAACAUGGACAUCAUCCGGCCCUCUGGCACGAAGCAGGGCGACAAGCUGCCCGUCAUGUUCUGGAUCUAUGGCGGGGGGUUCUACCAGGGGGCGAUCCGGGACCCGAUGAUGAACGGCAGCUACAUGGUGCAGACCUCGGUGGAAAUCGAUCUGCCGGUGAUUGUGGUGUCGGUGAACUCGCGGCUGUCAGGGUAUGGAUACCUAAACAGCGAGCAGAUGGUUGGUGAGGGGAUUGCCAAUCUGGGGUUACGUGAUAUGUGGAAGGCGCUGGAAUGGAUUCACGAAAACAUUGAAGGCUUCGGCGGAGAUCCCUCCCGGGUGACCAUCUGGGGAGAGUCUUCUGGAGGUCUCAGCGUGGAAUUGCUGUCGCAGGCAUACAACGGCGAUAAUUCCGGCCUGUUCCACGCCGGGAUCAUCUCCAGCAUCACGGCGUAUUCGCCCUUUAUGGGCACCAUGACGCAGCAGCAGGCCUAUUUUGACAGCGUGAUCGAGUAUACGGGCUGCAACGCCUCGAUGGAGAUCAUCGAGUGCCUGCGCGACCUGCCGCUUGAGACGUACAAUGCGAGUCUGUACGCCGCCAACUCUGGCGGCGAUUUCCGCCCCGUCAUCGACGGCGAUUUCCUCAAGCUGUCGCCCUCGGUCCAGUUCAACAGGCACCAGAUGGCCCCUGUGGCGCUCAUCGUGGGCGCCAACUCGGACGAGGGCAUGACCACCUUCUCGACCGAUGCCAACAACUCGGCAGAGCUGUCGACCCUGGUGCAGUCCAAGAUGGGCCUCAACAGCAGCGCAGCCGACCAGCUGGUCGAUCUCUACGCUGGCCUGGCCUCCCUGCCGCCGUAUUCGCAACCUCUAGAUAUCGACUGGGUGGGUGCGGCCAGAGCUGCUGGCUUUUCUGCUGGAAACUUCAGCCGUGUGGGUUAUGCCAUUGGGGGAGAUUGGAGUGCAAUCUCUGGGAGGAGAAAAACCGCCCAAAGAUGGCACCAAGGCUCCGGACAAGCCGUGUACAGCUACCGCUUCGACACCGAUCCCUGGCGGUUCCCCAUCCACAACGAGUCAUCCGGACUGGGUCUCGGGUUUGCAGAGCACGGCAGCGAUCUGUGCUUCGAGUUCCGUAUCCCCUAUGUGCCGUACACGCCCUACCUGCCUGUCCAGAAUGUGACCUCGAUGCACCGGGUCAGCUAUGCGUUGCAGGCGACAUGGAUCAGUUUCGCCUCCACCAAAGAUCCCAACCACCAUGGACUCGACUGGGUGCCGCACUGGCCAGAGUAUACCGAGUCCCAGAAGAACUUUGUCUACAAUGCCACCCUGGACGAUACCCUCAACCUGCAUGUUGAGGAGGACACCUUCCGGGAGGAGCAGAUCCAGUGGUGGAUGGACCGCUGGGACUGGCUUUUGACGCAGGGCAAGGGGUUCUAACUAACCCAACCCUACCCC